AUGUCAUAUAAUUUCAGUUCAAACCUAUCUGAUGACUACCUUACAGUGUUAGAAAAUGAAAAAUAUUCAGAUGUUAUAAUCAAGGUUGGCGAAGGUGAGAAGUGCCGUGAUUAUAAAGCACACAAGUUAAUUCUCUCAAUUCGUUCAACAUUUUUCGAAAAGGAAAUUCAAGAACAAUAUAAUCGAAACACAAUUGUUCUAAAAUAUGAAAAUUUUGAUUCUCAAGCUUUUGGAUACAUAUUACGUUAUUUGUAUGGAGGAACUUUUAACUUGGAAUCAAAAGAUAUAAAUUUUAUCUUAAACAUGCUGAUUAUAACCGAUGUAAUUAAUUUUACAAACCUCGUUGAAGUUCUUCAAAAAUAUUUAAUUGAAAAAAGGAAGAAUCAACUUAAUAAUCAAUUUAGUCUUGUUCACCAAGUUAGUUCUAAACAUCAGUCAUUCAAAAAAUUGCAUACACACUGCGACAAAACCUGUCAGUUUACUCCUGAAGUUGUUUUUAAAUCUAUUGAUUUCGUCAAUUUACAUAUAGAUGUCUUGAUUUAUCUUCUCGAAAAUAAGAAACUCAGAUUAUAUGAAAUUCAAAAAUGGGAUUAUAUUCUUAGGUGGGGGCUGGUUCAAACUCCUUCAAUUCCUUUCACAAUCUCCGAUGAUCCUUCUUCCUCUUAUGAUACUUCUUUAUGGUUGAGAGAACAUUUCAGAGAUUUAUCGAAUAACACCAAAUCAAUGAUUAAGUUGAUUGAUCUUAAAAGAAUUUCCAGAAAGGAGUUUUGCGACAAGGUCAAACCAUUUAAAAAAAUUUUAGAAAAACACCAUUAUGAUGAACUUCUUAGCCAUCACUUAAGCGUGGAAGAAUUAAACGUUGUAACUCCAUUAUCUUAUGUUGCAAAAACCCUUUUUAGGUUUUAG